UUUUUUCAAAAGAAAACAUUUGGUCAACACGGUCUUUCUACAGCAAAAACCAUGUUUCUUCUCCUCAUUCUAAACUCCCCAAAUUCAAUCCUUUAAAAUUCGCACUAAAUUCAAUUCAUUUCCCCAUUUUGUUUUCUCAUCAAUUCUCACAAACUCAACAAAAAUAAAAUGAACUCAUCAACCCCAACACCUUCUCCUCCACCGGAUUCCACCUCCGGCGACACCGAACCAUUCCUCCUCCGUACUCGCCGCUCCCUCAACCGCGCACCUCCUCCACCACUCCGUACCGCCGCUCGUUUCUUCCGUCGAGCUAGCUCCGAGCGUAUGAUGCUCCGUGAACCAUCGUUGCGUGUCCGAGAGAGGGCGGCGGCGGAGGUGGAAGAGCGGCAGAGUGAGUGGGCUUACUCGAAACCGGUGGUGACAAUUGACGUGGCGUGGAACUUGUCGUUCCUCGUGGUUAGUGCUGUUGUUUUGUGUGGUAGUAGGAAUGAGGAGCCUUGUGUGCCUCUCAGGGUGUGGAUUUUGGGUUACUUGUUGCAGGGAUUGGUACAUUCUUUAUUUGUUGUUUUGGAAUUCAGAAGAAGGAGGAGGAAUAACCAUUUUGAAGAUUCUUCUUCUUGGAGUUUCAGUUCUGAGAGUGAUUCUGAUGUUGCUUCAGAGCAGUUUUUGGAGUAUCAGGAAAAUAGAGAAAAUGUCACGGGUCCAACGGGCAUGCCUGAUUUGUCUGCACUUUUUUGCUUGACGAGUAUCUUCAAGUACAUAGAGUCGGUAAAUACCGUUCUUUCAUUUUUAUGGUGGAUUCUUGGAUUCUACUGGGUAACUGCUGGUGGUCAGAGUUUGACAAGGGAUUCACCUCAGCUCUAUUGGCUCUGUAUCACAUUUCUUGCUUUCGACGUUGUGAUUGUUGUGAUCUGUGUUACUGCUGCGUGUCUCAUUGGAAUUGCUGUUUGCUGUUUUCUUCCAUGCAUACUUGCUAUUUUGUAUGCAGUGACUGAUCAGGAACAGGAAGGGGCAACAAAGGAAGAGAUUGACCUGUUGCCAAAAUAUAACUUCAGAAUAAUAAAGGAAUUUAAGAAAGAAGGUGAUGCCCAAGAAUCAUCCAGAGGAGUGAUGAUGGAAUGCGACAGCGAUUCAGCUUCUGAGCAUAUUAUUGCCUUAGAAGAUGCAGAAUGUUGUAUAUGUCUUUCGGCCUAUGAUGAUGGAACCGAACUUAGAGAACUUCCUUGCAACCACCAUUUUCAUUGCACAUGCAUUGACAAAUGGCUGCUCAUCAAUGCAACCUGCCCUCUCUGCAAGUUUAACAUUUUGAGCACUGAUAACCUCCAAGUUUGAACCAGUUACUUUGUGCGUUGACAAGGACGGUGGCACAACCCGUUUUUGUAACAAUCCCAGAUGAUAUACUGAUUAAAAUUAGAGAAAGAAAAAAUAAUUUUCAUUUCUAAUUUGGUUGCUAAAUGUUAUACCAAUUUCAUUUUUUCUCUUAAAUGACAGAGUCAUAAAGUAGAAUGAAAAUAUCAAAAUAAAAUGUUUUUUAGCCUAUUGGUACA